GGGUGAAAGAAAGCGAUGGGAGGGGGGGUUAUUUUCGGGUCUGUGCCGCGGGUCAGUGCUGGGGGAGCUGGAGGUGGCAGUGGUCAAAGCUGGUCUCAGAUAUCAGGGCACAGCGGAGUCUUAAGGCAGCUGCUCCUUGGAAUGGCCGCCACUGGGAACCUGUCUGAAGAGCAGGUCCACUGCUCCAUCUGUCUGGACGUCUUCACCAACCCCGUGUCCAUCCCCUGUGGGCACAACUUCUGCCAGACCUGCAUCCUGGGAUACUGGAAAACCAGCCCUCUGUAUCAGUGUCCUAUGUGCAAGAAGUCCUUCCACAAAAGGCCUGACAUCAGCGUGAACACGGUGCUGAGGGAGAUUGCAGAGCAGUUCAAGCAGAUAAGAGUCAAGACCACUGACGUGAAGGGAAGUGGGGAAGAAAGCACAGGUAAAACCAAGAAGUGGACAAUGGAGAAGAAGGUGAAGGAGGACGAGGAGAGGCUUCUGGAGAAAGGUCAGAUGCAGAACCUUAUGGAGGAACUGAAACAAAAGCAAGAAGAGAAGAAAAAGAAGCAGGAAGUGAAGGAGAGUCAAGGCGAGGAGCUACCGCCAUUAAUCCCUCCAGUUUUGCCAUCUAAAACCUCUCCUCCGCCGUCGCCUCAAGGCUCAGCUCAAGCUCUACCACGAGAAACAUCACCUUCACCUGAACCAACUUCCCCUGCACUUCCUCAAACUUCCCCAAUAUCCCUGACCCCUCCUCUACUGUGGGAGGAAGUCCUGUGCGAUGUUUGUUUGGGGGAGGGCCGCCCCAAAGCUGUCAAAUCCUGCCUCGUGUGCCUGACCUCUUACUGCGACGAGCACCUCAAGUCUCACUCUACCAGGUUCACCAAGCACAAGCUGAUAGAACCGGUGGCCAACAUGGAGGACAGGAUGUGUCCCAAGCACGAGCGGCUGCUAGAGCUCUUCUGCAAGAAAGACCAGACCUGUGUGUGUGUCCUCUGCACUGAGACAGACCACAGGGCACAUUACACCGUCCCAGUGGAGAGAGAAUGGACUGAGAAGAAGGCGCUGCUGAAAAAGACAGAGAUAGACGUCCAGCAGAUGAUCCAAGACAGAGUGAAGAAGGUGGAGGAGAUCAAGCACUCUGUGGAGCUCAACAAGGUCAGCGCUCAGAGAGAGAUUGAGGAGAGCAUGCAGGUCUUCUCUGAACUGGUGCGCUCCAUCCAGAAGGCUCAGGCCGAGCUGGUUCUGGUCAUCGAGGAGAAGCAGAGGCAGACGGAGAGGCGGGCCGAGGGCCUCAUUGCCGAGCUGGAGCAGGAAAUCUCGGAGCUCAAGACGCGACACACGGAUUUGGAAAAUGUGAACAGGACUGACCAUAUUCACUUCUUGAAGAGUUUUCCAGCCUUAAGUGCGACCCCAUCUGUUAAAGACUGGUCUGAAACCAGUAUUCCCACAGACACAUGUGUUGGGAUGAUCAGGAGAUCUGUGUCUAAACUGGAGACGACAUUAAGUGAAAUGAUUGACAAGCUGUCCGCAAAUGAGAUUAAGAAAAUUCUGAAAUAUUCAGUGGACAUCACACUAGACCCAGACACAGCCAAUCCAUGGCUCCAGCUCUCUCAGGACAGGCACCAGGUGAGGCACCUGGGGGCCUGGCAGGAACUCCCAGACCACCCUGACCGCUUUGACACCGUGGUCAUCGUACUAGGCAGAGAUGGCUUCACUUCAGGCAGACACUACUGGGAGGUUCAGGUGGGAGACAAGGAUGACUGGUACCUAGGUGUGGCCAAGUCUUCGGUCAAAAGAAAAGGUAGGAUCUCGGUGAGCACAGCCCAGGGUUAUUGGGCUCUGGCCAUGAAGAAAGGCCAGGGCUAUCGGGUAUCAACGUCACCACCACUGCUGCUUUCACUCGACCAGAAGCCAAAGAGAGUAGGUGUGUACGUGGACUAUGAGGAAGGACAAAUCUCUUUUUACGAUGUGAGAACACGGAUCCAUAUUUACACUUUUGAGGAUGCCUUCACAGAGAGGAUCCUGCCGUUUUUUUACCUGUACUGCUGCGACAAAGCCUCCGACACAAUGGACAUCUGUCCGGUGCAGGAGAAAAGCCUCAUCUAGUAAAACUCAGGACAGACUUCAUUAUGUAAAUGAAAAUCCUGGUAUAGACUGGAUUUCUGACGCACACCUAAUUUUAUUAAAACUGCAGUUUCAUGUAUAAAUGCUGGGUGUAAUACAAAGGGUUGGACAUAAACGGUCAAUUGUGGUGUAUUGUGUAAUGUGUAACGACAAACGUGACACACUGGUAUGUCUCGUGUUUAUGGCGAGAGGUGACAUUUUUCUGUCUCCCAAUCAUCCCACUGUGUUGUGUGACGUGAUUAGAUCCAACCUAACUAUAACAUAACAUUGUUCUAUGGACUUAAAACUGAAGGGAGCCCAGGAAUGGUGCGGUACGAGUCACUUGUACGCACAAGCCCAAGUUGUAGCACUCAAAGGAAAUGACGCAAAAGUUACUUUCUAAAAGGCUCGUCAAUUAAUCAAAAGCUUGUUUGUCUGCAAGAGUUUAUCGUGCUGUGCAAAAUAUUUGUGUACAAAGGUUGAAGAACACACACACAUUUGCCACAACUUUAUGUUUUUACGUUGUUUUCAGAAACUGCUUAAGA